CAAACAUAUGGAUUAUUUAUGGUGGUGGGCCUUUGCCGCAGUGUAAAAUUUACUGUUUUUAGUUUUUUCAUGACUUUCGACAUUAUAUUUUUGGUUUAAAUAAUCAUGAUGGAGGGUUCCUUAAGUAAAUGGACUAAUGUGAUGAAAGGUUGGCAGUAUCGGUGGUUUGUUCUAGAUGAAAAUGCCGGACUCCUAUCCUACUACACGUCUAAAGAGAAGAUGACACGCGGCGUACGGCGUGGCUGCGUGCGGCUACGCGCCGCCGUCAUAGGUAUAGACGAUGAGGACGACUCUACGUUCACCAUCACAGUGGAUCACAAGACUUUUCAUUUCCAGGCCCGAGACGGUUCAGAACGCGAGCGCUGGGUCCGCUCCCUCGAAGACACGAUCUUACGCCACGGCCGUCGGUCGCGCUGGUCGCGGAGCGUCCCCGCGCCCAGCGCGCGGCACGGCGACCUGGAGCGGCGGAUCGCGGAGGCGGACGCGUACCUGCAGAUCAUGAUCGAGCUGGUGGAGAAAAUGACACUCAGGGUAUCAGAGCUGGGUGAUCCGCAUGAGAAGGCGAAGGGACAAGUUAUAUUAGACCAUUCCAAUGCAAUGUUGGAUAACAUAAAACAUUCCAUAGUGCUUCUACAAAUAGCUAAGAAUACAGUAAAUCCCGUAAACGGUGUCUACCAAGGACCAACAAGUACCUCACAAACACAUAUCAAACAAGGGUCAUCAGACGUGUCUCCGCACGUGGAGCUGGGCUCCGAAUGUCGAGAACUGUCUACUUCUACAUCCUCACUGCCAUUGGAAACCAUCGAAGCGACAAGGCAAGCCAUGUCGCUACUAGUUCCCGACACGUCGUACUCAUCGUCAGAAGGGGAAGACGACUUCUACGACGCGGACGAUGGGGUCGAGGACACGAAGCCGGGGCCUAGUGCAAGUCGGAAUUGCCCGGCAGAGGGCGCGCCUGAGCCGGACUCGGCGCCGCCCGUCGACCUGCCGCGGACGAGAGAUGGAGAGAUCGACUAUGAUGCGUUAUACGAGGAGGAGUCAGACAGCGAACUCGGUUCGAUGGAGAACCAUGGGUCAGUGGUCACGCAUCUGCUGUCACAGGUCAAGAUUGGAAUGGACCUUACCAAGGUCGUCCUCCCCACAUUUAUACUAGAAAGGCGAUCGCUACUGGAAAUGUACGCGGACUCUUUCGCACAUCCCGACCAAUUUGUCAAGAUAGUAGACCAGCCAACGCCCCGCGACCGCAUGAUCCAAGUGGUCCGGUGGUACCUCAGCUCAUACCACGCCGGACGCAAGUCCCAAGUGGCCAAGAAACCUUACAACCCCAUCCUGGGGGAGGUCUUCCGAUGCUACUGGGACCUGGACGCUAAUGAAUCACAACCCCAGGACAAGCUACAAGAAGUCGGUGACGGGCCGGUCCCUUGGUGUACCCCUGAACAGCUAUCAUUCGUGGCAGAACAAGUUUCACAUCAUCCGCCCAUCUCUGCGUUCUACGCGGAACACGUCAAUAAACGUAUACAGUUCGAGGCGUGGGUGUGGACAAAAAGCAAGUUCCUUGGGCUGUCGAUCGGCGUCCACAACAUCGGCAAAGGCACUGUCACGCUUCUAGAUACCGGCGAAGAGUAUACGCUUACUUUCCCUAACGGAUACGGCAGAUCAAUACUAACGGUCCCAUGGAUCGAGCUCGGCGGCUCAGUAUGCAUAGAGUGCGUACAAACCGGCCACAAGGCGAAUGUGGAGUUCCUUACUAAACCCUUCUACGGGGGCAAGAAACACCGCGUCACGUGCGAAGUGUUCGCCGGGACUGAAAAGAAACCAUAUUACACGGCGCAGGGGGAGUGGAAUACUAGGGUGGACGGACGGUGGACGGAGUCUGGGCGCAACGAAGUCCUCUUCGAGGUAUCAAACAUGAAGCCGCGUCGUAAACGCGUCGCACCCGUGUCGCGCCAGCCGCCGCACGAGUCGCGCCGCAUCUGGCGACACGUCACCGCCGCGCUCAGAGCGCAGGACUGCGAGCAGGCCACGCUGGCCAAGAGCAGGGUCGAGCAGACGCAGCGGGAUCAGGCUAAACAGAGGGCGGCCAACGGGGACAAGUGGAACACGCAGCUAUUCAGCCCGGUGGGGGAGGACGCAUGGGAGUACAACGCGCCGCUACGCAAGCGCCGCGAGCGCCGCGACGACAGCGAGCGGUAAUGUCGCCACGUCGCCGUCGCGUUGUCGCCGUGUUGCCAACAUGUUGCCGUCGGGUUGUCGUCGUGUCGCCAGCGGGUUGCUCGGAGACUGGGCCUGUUUCAAGGGCGUUCCACUAGUGUCGUUUGCCGAAUGAGGUGCUGAUAGAGAGAGAGCAUUCACGUGUAAUAGUUGUAAUGAGAAUUCUCGCGAACAUAAUUACUAGCGUUUGUCGAACAAUUCGCCAAAUCUGCUUGCUGCCUAUCAGCACCUUUAAUACUUUUAAAGAAGGCAAGGUAUUUUGGUCUGAAUUUGUUGAAUAUUUUGGUGAUUUGUUUUUAUUAUGCGCAGUGUGUUGGUUUGUGUAACCCAAACUCUGGCGACCUAGUUUUCGAUGUUUGAUUAAGCUGAAAUUUAACCCUUCUUGUCCAAAAUUUGCUAUUCAAUUAAUAACCUCGAAAUUGUCAUAGCCAUAUAUGGCCAUAGAAACUCUGUAAUAAAACAAUAGAACCUCAUUGAGUUUGUGCUCGUCAGAAUCUAAAAAAAAUCGUCAGUUAAAAAAUCUUCUAGCAUUUAAAAAAAGUAAAAGAGUAACGUUAAGUAAACUACACUUUUGUAGAAUACUUCAGGAAUGAUGUUAGAAUAUUUAGUAUAUUUACCUAACUUUUAUUAAUGUAUUUUUGACUGAGACCUACGUAUCUAAUUAGUUUGGGCUUUAGGUUAUACGGGUUUAGCUGUUCUGAUAUUUGACAUAAUUUUAACGAAUUUACCGCCACAUUACUUGGUCAUAAAGAAAAAAUAUUCAUGAUUGUAGCACAUAAUUGUAUGCAUGCUAAGCCAAUAGUUUGUUGACUGUACAACAACUUAUUGUUAUUACAUGCCCAUAUAAUCCUUGUUUUUACAUCUUACAUAAGUAUUAUAAAUAAAUUAUAAUGACACUGAUUCGAUUUGUCCGACCGAUCUGUCAUUUUUGUACAAAUUUUGGUACAUUUAGAUGAUUGAGCUGACUUUAGUAUCUGAAAUACUGACAGCUUAUAUGUAGUACCUGUAUUGAAUCCUGACGUCCAUUUAUUAUUUAUAGUUAUGAUAGAUACCUACUUAAAGUCACACUUCAACAUGUUAUAGUAAGUACGAAACUAAAUAAAAUCUAGGUAACAUUUGACAAAUGUGUAAAACAUAUUCUACUUAUUUUAUUACCUGACCAGUAAUGUGGCAUUAUUUUCUCUCUCUAUGAACAUCAACUGUUAUUAUACUCUGAAUGAGAAUAAUGAAUAAUACUUGUCUUAUUCGAAAUUAAACUAUCGUGAGACAUAUUUCAAAAUAUUUAGAUCAGUAAGGUUUCACUCACUAUUAAAAGCGACUAAAAAUAAUAGUGAGUGAAACCGUACUGAUCUAAAUAUUUUUCUUAUUGUGCAAAGAAAGCUAAAAAUGUUUGUAUAUUUUCACGGCGACUAGGUUUAAGUAAUAUACUUACACGGAGAUAUAAAGCUGAAGUAUUGAAUAAUACUAAUGAAAUUUCAAUUAAAUAUAAUGAACAAUGUAAUUUUUUUUCCAUAUAUGUGACCAUAUAUGAAUUAAUAUGCGCAAUAUCGUCUCAUAUUAAUCCAUCUACAAAUAACUUAAAAGGGCUUAGCCAAGGUGCAAUCAUAUAUGCACAAACGCUAAACGAAAAGAAAUGUAUCGGGAUAACACGGCCUACCGCGAAACACGUUGAACGUGUUGCCUCCCUGUCACACUUACGUACGAAUUUACAAGUGCGACAGAGAACACGUCAAACGUGAUUCGUGAUUAAUGUAGGCCCUCUGGGGGUCUACCGCGGAAACCGAAAUUUGCAAAUUGCGGGUUUAGAGUGACAGAGAAAGAUGCCCGCAAUUUGCGAACUUCGAUUUUCGCGUUUAUAGCCCUGACGCUACGAAGUUCCCGUUACUGUUUCCAUACAUUAUUUAACGAUUUUUUUUUAAUACUACGUCGGUGGCAAACAAGCAUACGGCCCGCCUGAUGUUAAGCAGUCUCCGUAGCCUAUGUACGGCUGCAACUCCAGAUGAGUUACAUGCGCGUUGCCGACCCUAACACUCCUCUCCCUCGAGCGCUGGCAACCUUACUCACCGGCAGGAACACAACACUAUGAGUAGGGUCUAGUGUUAUUUGGAUGCGGUUUUCUGUAAGGUGGAGGUACCUCCCCAGUUGGGCUCUGCUCUAGAUCUGGAAUGACAUCUGCUGUCCUGUGCCCUACCACACAAAGCGAGAAGUCAUUCACAGUGCCCAUACCUCUCUUGACGAUUGACGUGUACUGUUUCAUUUCAAUUUGAUUACUCAUAGAGUACGUCUGAAUGUCUGCCAAAUUAAACCAGUUUGACAGUACUGGCUUCCCUCGAAUGCGGCUGACCCAAACGUUUUCUAAUCAAUGAUUGUUAUUAUGGCUAUGCCCCCUGGUACUACACAUGGUGUAAUUUUGUACUUGUACUAUAAAGUAUUAUUUGUUAUUCCUUCAACUUUUAGACUAGAGGCCGGACAGUAGAACUGUAGAAGGGUAGACUAAAUGGUCUUCAGUUUCAUGAAGACGUAAGACUUGACACUAGAUCGUGUCAUUCACGAAGACGCGUGCCUUGACUAGUAUUGUCAUGUCAUUAAAGGUUAGACUUGUCAAAUAUGGGCGUCAUCGUGGAUGACACUAAGCUCGUGAUGAAGAGAGGUUUUAAAGUGACCCCAUUUUAAUGUCAAUCUUUAUCGUUUCAGAUUAAAUCUGCAUAAGGCAUAAGUACAGUCAGAAGCAGAAGUUGAAGCGGGCGAGGUGUUCAAAAUUACCUUGACACACGCUUAUUUUUUUGAUAAUAAAGUCGCGUCAAGAUCAUUUUGAACACCUCCCGCUUAACAACUUCUGCUGCUGACUUCAACUACCUGUUAUCGUAAAUAGUGCCCUGAUUUCUCCUUACAAAUAGUUUUGAUAGUGGGUACUUGAAAAUAUUAAAUUGACAAAAAAAUGGGUCAUUUGGAAAUCUCCUUACUAACGUAACGCGUAAGAUUUUAGUUGGCCAUGUUAUGUCUGAAAAAAGGGUCUUAAGGUACAAGUUGGGACCCGACCAUAGACAGCAGCAGAAGACGACGUAUCGCUACUGGUUUCUAUCUAUUCCCAUAGUACCUAUAAAUAACUUCGUGUCGCUAACUAUGAACGCUAUUUCAUGUCUGAGGUUGGGUUCCAACUUAUACCUUUGUUGCGAAAAAGUGGGAAUUAGGACUUAUUGCAAUCUGUGCUAAGAUCACCUUGUUAAGAGGCGCUGUUAGUCCCUUUUUACGAGGUACGGCACAAGUUGCAUCCCACAUGUUUUGACUCCGCACUGUUCCAAGCUAGUCGCAUUUUAUCGCGUUCAAUGACAGGGGCCUCUUUUUUUAAUACUGUAGUCUUUUCUAACCUCCUUUGUAAAUUCUCGACCUCUAAGGCCUAUCUAUGAUAAAAAAAAGAGCAAUAAUCGUGUAAAUAUUCAUUAAAUCGUAAAAAUCACAACGCUUUUGCAAUUAAAUUAAACACGAGCACAGAUAAUUUUGUGAACAUAGCAACACUGUUUAAUCGAUAUCGAUUUUUCAACAAUGUUGCCAUGGGAUUUUUUUUACAUAUGGAAAUUGCAACGUUUUUAUUUCACGACGUAAUCUAAUUUAGUGAAAAAGACUGAGAUUGUUCUAACGAAAUUUAAAAACGAGAGCGACGACGGGCGAAGACACGUGCAAAUAUUAUAUCAUUAAAUCACAUAGAAGUAAAUAUUUAAUUGCAUAGUGAUUACUAUCAUGUUAUAUAUUUAAAAUAAAAUUUUAAUUUAAACUAGUUUGAA